CUCUCUUCUCCCCUUUCUUUCUCCUCCCAGGCCGCCCUUCGCUGUCGCAUCUCUGCUUCCCUAUUUCAGAAUCAAAUCCGUCUAUUUUAGGGCUUCCAGAUCCCCAAUCCCUCCACCCGUGGGAUCACGCCCCGAUCUGGCCUCCUUUGAUGAAGCAGCGGCGGCCGCUUCUUCUACGAUCGAUCUAGCGCGUCGGUGCUGGCCGCAAUCGCUCCAAUGGCGCCGGUGAGGAUCGUGAUAGGACGCGACGAGGAGAGCGCAGUGGAGGACUCACCCACGCCCAAGAAGCCCAUCAGGGUUGAGUCCAGAGUUUCGCUCACCAAAUGGGAGGCGACCGCGGCCGCAGCCGUCUUCUUGAUCUUCUCUGUUGGCCUGGUAUGCAUCUUCAUCACUAUGCCGGAGGCCGAGUAUGAUAAGAUCCUCAGGAUUCCUAGGAAUCUCUCUGAUCUCCGCGUCCUCAAAGAUAACUUGGCCAUGUAUGCUAGAGAUUACGAAGCCAAAUUUAUAUUAGGAUAUUGUUCCAUCUACAUCUUUAUGCAGACGUUCAUGAUACCUGGUACCAUAUUUUUGUCACUACUAGCUGGAGCUCUUUUUGGGGUCAUAAAGGGUGUCAUUCUGGUUGUUUUCUCUGCAACAUCUGGCGCUUCGUCCUGCUAUUUUCUCUCCAAGUUGAUUGGAAGGCCUUUGAUUAGUUGGAUGUGGCCUGAGAAGUUGAGAUUCUUCCAGGCAGAGAUAGCCAAACGCAGAGACAGGCUGCUUAACUACAUGCUCUUUCUGAGGAUAACUCCAUCUCUGCCCAACACAUUCAUAAAUUUGGCAUCUCCAAUUGUUGACAUUCCUUUUCGGAUCUUUUUUCUUGCCACAGUGGUUGGACUUCUUCCAGCAUCUUAUAUAACUGUUAGAGCUGGUCUGGCUCUGGGCGAAUUGAAAUCAGUUAGGGAUUUAUACGACUUCAAAACCUUUGCAGUUCUGUUCCUUAUCGGAUUUAUCUCUAUAUCACCAGCCAUUCUAAAGAGAAAGCGAGCAUAUGGAUGAGGCUUUUGAAGUAAGUGAUCUUUUCUUUUCUUGAAAAAAAACACAAUGUAAUUACAGAAGUUUUUGUUGGGCUGCUGGCCUUUGAUCCUCUGCCAUGGCUCAAAAUGCCUUGAAUUUGUUUCAUUGACUAUUUGCCAGGUAACAGGAUAGCUUGUAGAUUUUUGUUUUUUUUAAAUGUACGUUUGAUCAGGUUACCCAACAAAAAUUUGUAAUAGUUAAGCAGUAAUAUCAAGAUUUAGCCCCUUGUUUGUAGGAUUGCUUGGGGUUGAGAAUUUUACAAA